AAGCCCGCCGAGUGAAUAUAAGACCGUCAGUACCACUCUAACCUAACUAGCGACAACAGGAUUAACACGCCGCCGCGCUAAUUUACGCUUACAGUUACCCGCUAAGGUGGUGUUGAUAAGUGUCAGCUGCCCCCGGGAGGAUGAACAGGUGUCUGGAGAUGUGUCUGGUGGCCAUGAUGGGCGUGGGGCCCACCUUUAUUGUCAUCUUGUUGGUCAAGCACUACGGCCCUCUGGCGGUGGGCUGCUCCUUCAUCUUCGGCGGAGCCUACCUCAUACUCGUCGUGUUCGGCCUCACACUACGCAAGUGUGCCACUCCUCAACGCACUCACCCUGACCAAGAGCAACCCCAGAAUGAUCAGGAUUCUCCGCCAUCCUACGAGGCUGUGAUGGCCAAACCUCCUCCAUACACACUAAUUUACGCCCACACCCCGGCCCCUGUGGGCGGCCCGGUGGGCGGUACACCCUCUAGCGACGCCCUCUAUCAGGACAAGAGGCAGCUAGAGUCCUGCACCUGGAGGGAGGUGGAGGGUGAGUCUGCACCGCCCUCGUAUUUCGAAGCUGUCAGACCCGGUUCCUGGAGGUGUGUCACGCUUAUAUGUCCUCCUGGUGGCCUAUCUGCCGCCCACUCUCCCAGCGAGGUGACACCUGCCGCCCACUCUCCCAGCGAGGUGACACCUGCCGCCCACUCUCCCAGCGAGGUGACACCUGCCACCCACUCCCCCAGCGAGGUGACCUCUGCCGCCCACUCUCCCAGCGAGGUGACCUCUGCCGCCCACUCUCCCAGCGAGGUGACACCUGCCGCCCACUCUCCCAGCGAGGUGACCUCUGCCGCCCACUCUCCCAGCGAGGUGACACCUGCCGCCCACUCUCCCAGCGAGGUGACACCUGCCACCCACUCUCCCAGCGAGGUGACACCUGCCGCCCACUCUCCCAGCGAGGUGACACCUGCCGCCCACUCUCCCAGCGAGGUGACCUCUGCCGCCCACUCUCCCAGCGAGGUGACACCUGCCGCCCACUCUCCCAGCGAGGUGACAUCUGCCACCCACUCUCCCAGCGAGGUGACACCUGCCACCCACUCUCCCAGCGAGGUGACCUCCAGGCCGACAUCACCUGAGGUGACACACUUGCCGACGUAAGAGUUAGUCAUUCCUUGAACGUGUUUGAACGUGUGAGAACGGAAUAUGUUCAUGACAAAGCCUAUACUCAUUACCAUUGUCGAGGCCCACCUACUAGCGCGAGGCACUGCCUAGGCCCACCUACUAGCGUGAGGCACUGUCGAGGCCCACCUACUAGCGUGAGGCACUGUCGAGGCCCACCUACUAGCGUGAGGCACUGCCUAGGCCCACCUACUAGCGUGAGGCACUGCCUAGGCCCACCUACUAGCGCGAGGCACUGCCUAGGCCCACCUACUUGCGUGAGGCACUGCCGAGGCCCACCUACUUGCGUGAGGCACUGCCGAGGCCCACCUACUUGCGAGAGGCACUGCCUAGGCCCACCUACUAGCGCGAGGCACUGCCUAGGCCCACCUACUUGCGAGAGGCACUGCCUAGGCCCACCUACUUGCGUGAGGCACUGCCUAGACCCACCUACUUGCGUGAGGCACUGCCUAGGCCCACCUACUUGUGACAUCGUCUAGCAAUCUGGGACAUCAUCUACCCAGUGGGACAUCAUCUACUAUAUUUUCAACUCUCGCGACACCUUAUCUACUCCAAGUCUCAGUGGUCCUGUAAAGAGCGUCUCCUCUACUCCUGUGUAGAGCGGGUGUUGUAAACGCUGACAGCCAGCGAUGAUUGUACAGGACUUUCACCUCACUGUUGAUAGACUACGGUUGAUGGCUUGAGCGAGUCUCAGGAGGGAUUGUACACCUGAUUGUGAUGUGUCGUCAUCUCUCCCAAAGGGGGAUUGUAUACCUGCGUCAUCACACUCAUUCAUCGUCUCGUCUGUGAUGAAUAUGGAACGUCUGACCAUUAUGAUGUAACACGGAAUUCAGAGAUCCUUUGAGGCUUGAAUAAAUAAUUGUGGUUGUAA